AAAGAGAGAGCAAAAACUCAAGGGUAUGUUAAUGUGUUCCCGUUACUGACAACCAAUUGUCUCGUGGCAAUGAGUAUUUUUACAUCAUCCUGGAAUUUAAAAGAUGAAAGGCCUCAAACAGGAGAAAACAUGGUCUGUGACUGAGGUUGGUGCCUGCUGAUAUAUCACAGCAGCAAUUGGAAAUGAACACGUAAGCUCACUUAAGGGCAAAGCAUGAGACCUCUGCAACAAUGGCUCACCGCACUUUAACGGAAGGUUUUGGCUUUGGAGUCCCUAAACUUCAGGUAGUGUCGAAACUGAAGACUAACUGCACAGUGGCAGACACAUGUUUGACACCACAGUUGAAGUUCGAGCAUGUUGCAGAGAUGGCAAAUGACCUUGUUUUGUGUGUCUCCUGACUAUCUGGCAAGAGGUAGGUUGAAUAUAUCUGCGGAUUAAUAUGGCUCGACGCGGACUUGGGAUUGUGAAGAAAACAUUCUUCUUCACAAGUUGCACAGUCCUCUGCCUCUCCAUGAUAUUCUACAAGAUAUGCUUCCGGAAAGAAAACCUAUUGCUCAAAAAUGAAUUAAAUAGCACAGAGUCUGAGAGACUCCAACGCAAUUUGAUUCACUGGGGUGUACAGGAUAUACUGCGAGGUAAAGAGGAUGUAGUUGGACCCAAUCAUGAAUAUUUCACCCACAAUUCUUUUUGGAAAUCUUUUGAGGCAGUACAGCAAGGUCAGAUAUAUGCUGGAAUUAUUUUGAAGAACAGCACAGAGAAAGGGUUUAGGAAAUCAGAAAUCCAGUUUCAAGAAACAACUGUUUCAAACAAUCUUCUGCACCCAGCUGUUGUGACCAGACACUUAUCUAGGAUUCAACAACUGAAGGAAACAACAAUAGUUUCCAAUACAGCACCGAAAUCCACAAAGCAAAAGUUCCUACUUAAUAAGCGAUGGAAUUCGUGGGUGAUUUGGAAUGAAGACAGCUCUUCAAGCAACCUCAACCGGCGCCUACAGAAUGUCAAAAACAAUUACGUCUCUAUGAAUAAAUAUGCUGUGAACUUCACCGGAAAAAGAAAGUUGAAGAAACUCAGCAGCAAAGAACUGUUAUGUGAACUGAAACAGCGAGUCCAAGUAGCAUCCAUUGAAUUUGGAGAUGAGUCCUUCACUACCCCUGACUGGCAAAAGUACAUUCCAAACAAGAACCUUACCCAAGCACUUGGCCCAUUCAAUACUUGUGCUGUUGUGGCAUCAGCUGGCUCCAUCCUCCGUUCGAGGCUUGGAAGGGAAAUAGAUGCCCAUGACGCCGUUCUGAGGUUCAAUGGGGCACCUACCAUAGGAUUUGAAUCUGAUGUGGGGACACGCACAACAAUUCGGAUAGUUAAUUCACAGGUCCUCUCAAGACAAGAGCUCAAGUUUCAUGAUAAUACUUUAUACAGAACAGGCACCUUAUUAGUGUGGGAUCCAUCGCCAUAUUCAGCUAAUCUUACUGAGUGGUAUAAUCAUCCAGACUAUAACUUCUUUGAGAAUUACAAAAAAUAUCGUCAAAAGAAUCCAGACCAGCCCUUCUAUAUUAUAAAUCCCAAGAUGCAGUGGCAGCUUUGGAACAUCAUGCAGGAGAACACAGCUGAAGAUAUCCAGCGCAACCCUCCCUCCUCUGGGAUGAUGGGUAUCCUGUUAAUGAUGACCAUUUGCAAUCAAACAGAUGUUUAUGAAUUUCUGCCCUCAAGAAGAAGAACAGAUCUCUGCCAUUAUUAUGAAACAUUCCAGGACCAGGCCUGUACAAUGGGUGCCUACCACCCCUUGAUGUUUGAGAAAAAUUUGGUGAAACGUGUAAAUCAAGGUUCAGAUGAAGAGAUCUACAUGCAAGGCAAAGUCACGUUACCAGGAUUCAGAACAUUCCAGUGUCCCAAGACAGAAUAAAUACGAGCUGUCAGUGCUUGAUUUAUUAUCCUGCAAACCUCAUUUUAUAGUUUUAGUAUAAUCAGUUUGAUUUUUUUUGUGUGUCGCAUCUUUAAUUUGCAGUAAAUCUUUAUUGAAUCUAAGCACUUGCCAUAAUUUUCCAGUCUUCCAUGGAUUUCAGUGGCUCCAGAAAGUACAAAUAUUGCACCUUUGUUCGUACAAAAAAUGUAAUAUGCCUAGCAACCUCAUAGAAAUAAUAAUUUUGGACAAAUGGACUUGUUAAGGACAUGUCCUGGAUUUAACAGAACAGCAAUAAUGCUGAUACUGUAGUGCAUGUGGACUAUCAAAAAGCCUUUGCAUUUUUGUAAGUUUUGAAUAAUCAUAGAAUCAUACCUAUUGUUUUACAUUAUGUUCUGGGAGUUGUGCAAGCAUUGGCUGGUUGAGUAUACUCAGUACUGUACCAAGAGCAGUCAGGUAAAAGGCAAGUCAUUUAGCUUUAUGGUCUAUGUACUGGUAUUGCACCUGUCCUGCAAUUAACUUACCACUUUACUCAUCAAUGUGGUAGGUAGAAUAUCUUUUUUUGGCUUGACUGAUUUUGUUUUGGUUUAACGUUAACUGUGAUUUUGCCAUUGUUCAGCACUUGCAAACUCAACUCAAUCUUAAAUGAGUUGUUAAUAUAAUUCCUAGCACACUUUUGAUUGGUCCGCACAUGGUGAACAGUUAAGCUCGCGACAUGAUUCAUGUAUACUUGCUACGAGUUACGUAUAUUCAUGUGCAGGGCCUUAUCUUUUGCAGGAGAAAAGGGACAAUUCAAAAAUUGCAACUUUCGUGAAUUAAAGCAAAGAAUGGAUGAUAAUCGUUCCCUGUUGCAUUCACCAUAGCAACACUUCAACCCAUUAACCCAAUGAAUACUUAUCCUCUUCUCAAGAAGUAAAUGUUCUUUCUGCCUUUAAAAUUUGGCAUUCUAGCAAUUGUCUUGAAGAGUGCAAGACAUGUAACUUGAUAGCUUGUCCCUUUUUCCAGAAAUAAAAUUUGUUUUCAUAAAUUAUUCUGAAAGCACAAAGAAAAAAAUUGUGUAUCGUUACUGAAUUUAACUAUUAAAUCAGUAUUUAAAGGUUUUCCCGAGCUCCAAGAGGAAGAUUAAAAGAUGAACAGAAGAGUGAUUAACUGUCAGCUUGCAGUCUCUGACUCCAAUGCAUAUUCGCAGCAGCCAUACUUCUUGACAUUUAUUUUAAAAUUUCUUUUCCUCAUUUUAAGUGUUUGUUUUGGUUUGAUACACCUGAAAACAGUUUCUCCAGAUGGAUAGUUCUGGGUAUGAGGACAAAGAUUUUCUCAAUUCACCACCUAUAAUGAAAUGUUAAACAUAAGUGCGAAGGACCAGUGUAACAACAUUGGAAACCGACCACCUUCCAAAGAGAUGACAAAACCUUAAGUGCUACCUGACUGAAUUAGUCGUGAACCUAAAAAUAGAAAAUGCUGGAGAAACUCAGUAAGCCUGGCACUAUCUUUGGAGACAGAAACAAAAUUAACUUUGAGUGCGACACAACUCUUCAGUUGUAGCAGUGAGAAAAAACAGAGUUAAUGUUUCAAGUUCAAUAUGACUCAUAUUGAGGGCGGCACGGUGGCUCAGUGGUUAGCACUGCAACCUCACAGCGCCAGGCACCCGGGUUUGAUUCCCACCUCGGGUGACUGUCUGUGUGGAGUUUGCACAUUCUCCCCCUGUCUGUGUGGGUUUCCUCCGGGUGCUCCAGUUUCCUCCCACGGUCCAAAGAUGUGCAGGCUAGGUGGAUUGGCCAUGCUAAAUUGCCCGUAGUGUUCAGGGGUGUGUGGGUUAAUGGGGGGAUGGGUCUGAAUGGGAUGCCUCAAGGGGCGGUGUGGACUUGUUGGGCCGAAGGGCCUGUUUCCACACUGUAGGGAAUUAAUCUAAUCUAAAGAAGUUGGGAAGAAGAGUCAUUUAGGACUUGAAAUGUUAACUCUAUUUCUUUCCUCACAGAUACCACCAGACCUGUGGAAUUUCUCCAGCAGUGAUAAUGGGAACUGCAGAUGCUGGAGAAUCCAAGAUAAUAAAAUGUGAGGCUGGAUGAAGACAGCAGGCCCAGCAUCAGGAGAUGCUGCUGGGCCUGCUGUGUUCAUCCUGCUUCACAUUUUAUUAACUUGAAUUUCUCCAGCACGUUGUUUUCUUCUCAGAUUUCCAACAUUCACAGAAUUUUAAAAUAUAUUUGUCCAUAAACCUACAUGAAUUUAUGCAUGUUGUCUGCAUAUUACCUGUAGACAAACGUUAUUUGAAAAUUUUUGAGAAUGAUGUGGAAAGAAUCUGAAGCAGCAUCGUUUUGGUUUAGGUACUUAUGGUCGUACCAUCAAUGAAUGUGAAAGUGAUUUGAUCGUUAUAUGAACUAUAUGAAUCCAUAUGUUAUAUGAAUAGUCUUGUACAAAUUUAGUCUCAAACUUGAAAUGUGAAUUAUGUAGAAUGUACAGCACAGAAACAGGCCAUUUAUUCUGUGGAUCCACUUUAAAGCUAUUCAGAAAUAGCCAGUUGCACUAUAAAAAAUAAUUUUAAAGUUUUGCAUGAAACAACAGAGGAGUUGCUAUUUUUAUUCUGUACUUGAGCUUCUUCCUGUCCCUCUUCAUCUAAACUGAUAAGCAUAGCCUUCUCAUCACUUUCCCCACUUGUUUUUGCCUAACCUCCGUUUAGAUGCAUUAAGCUAUAUAUGUCUCGACUCCUUGUAGUGAGUUUUACAUUCUAAGCAUUGUAGACUUUGCAGAUUCAUUUAAGAAAAUUUUGAUGGAAUUUAAAAAUAUCAUCUAUCCAUUACCCACUGUCGAUUGUUUGAGCCAGCUUUCUCCCGAGCUAAAAAAAAGUUCCUUUCAUCCACUGUUCAAUUCACACGGAUUGAAUUUUUGUUGAAAACAAUGAACAUUUGACCACUGCGCAUUUCAUUUACUAUCAUUUGUCGCAUGUUUUACAAACCACUGUUGCUGUCUGUAAUGCCCUUUAGGGAAGGAAACUGCCUUCCUUGCCUGGUCUGGCCUACAUGUGACUCCAGACUCACAUGUGGUUGACUCUUAACUGCCCUCUGGGCAAGUAGGGAUGGGCAAUAAAUUCUGACUAGCCAACAACAUCCUCAUCCUGUGAAUGAAUAAAAACAAGUUCCCUCAGGCAUCAGAACAAGAAAUCUCUUUAAAAUAAAUAUCAAAACUUAUGACAAUUUGCUUCCAUAUAGUCCACAAACUGUGUUUUAAAAAUUAUGUUAGACAUUCAAACAGCAAAGUUUCGAAGUUGCCAUGAAUACGUAGCCUGAAUAAAAAAUAAUGUUAAAUUAACACAAAACCUUAAUCUGUAAUUUGUAAAUUCAGAAAUGUCGGAGAGAUGUAAACCAUCAGACUAAUUUGCCUGUUACGGACUGUUGCAUUUUCAACCUGUAACCUACACUCAGUGAAAGAUAUUCAGUAACAUCAUCUUAAUAUCAGUUCUGUGUGUACAACCUGAGUUGCAUUUUAAACUUUUUGAUAUCCUGUGCUUUACCCUGCCAUUUAAGAAACAUUUAAAAUUAUUUGACAGAUAUUGGGAUGGUAGUUCAUUUUUAGCAGGAAGUUUAAAUCUCAAAGUGUAAGUACUGAGAUUUAUUUUGCUAGUAGUAGACCUUGCAGUAGUCAUAGAAGGUAAAUUACUAGUUUAUAGGCAAGUUUUAAAAACUGAACCUGUCUUUAGCAGAGUAUCAUGACCAGUUCUAAGGAAGGGUCAUUGGACCUGAAACAUUAACUCAGAUGUUUUCUUCAUAGAUGCUGCCAGACCCACUGAGCUUUUCCAGCAACUUCUGUUUCUGUACCUUGACCAGUGCCUGUUAUAUAGAGCUGUUGUUUUAAUGGGGAACUGAACUGUUGUGAAAGAGUCCUACAAAUUUUGCAUCUGUGAACAAUAUUUCUA